AUGCCAGUAAGGAUUGGGUUGGAAUUGAAGGAGACAACGCCUCCUCGACGACCGUCGUCUUCGUCUUCUACAACGUUCCCUUGCCUCUACUGCUCCCGCAAGUUCUACACUUCCCAAGCUCUCGGCGGCCACCAGAACGCCCACAAGCGGGAAAGAGCCGCCACCGGUCGUAGCUUGUACCCGGCCGCCGCCUCCUCCACUGCGCUGUCAUCCGUUCCUAGUUAUUCCAACCCGCCGGCCAGCAGCUAUUACGGGCUCCAAACACCGCUUCUCCUCCACUCCACCGCCACCACCACCACCUUCAACUCCCUAGGCGACCACUAUUUCGCCACCGUCGUUCCUCCUCCUCCACCUUGCGAUCUCGAAGGCCUUGUUCUGGGUCCAGCACAAGCCGGUGGUGAAGGAGAGAUCAGAUGA